AUGCAAGACCUUCGCCGUUACUCAAACGACACCGUUCAUCUCGACCUCGGAAGCACCACCACAACCACCACCAUGAUCACCACCACAACCUCAUCCUCCUCCUCUUCCUUAUCCAUGGACAUCGACGAAUCCGCCGAAACUAAAAUCCAACGUCUCAUAUCAGAACAUCCCGUCAUCAUCUUUACUCGAUCUUCCUGCUGCAUGUGCCACGUCAUGAAGAAGCUUCUCUCCACCAUAGGUGUUAAUCCAACCGUCAUCGAAUUAGAUGACAACGAGAUCGCUUCUCUCCCUCACGAAGACGAUCAUCUUGCUUCAGUUCUUCGUAACCGCUCUCCCGCUGUCUUCAUCGGUGGGGUCUGUGUAGGCGGACUUGAGUCGCUUGUUGCUCUUCAUGUCGGCGGUCAUCUCGUCCCCAGACUUGUUCAAGUUGGGGCUCUCUAUGUAUAA